AGAACACACGAAACACUCCAUUGCUACCACCCAUGUCCUGUUGUGCUGUUUGCUCUCCAUUGCUAGUUUUCACAUUGUGAACAGAAAAGCUUAUCCAAUAAGCUUUCAGAGGACUGCAUUGUUUUAUAUAACACAGUUUAUAAACCAUUAACUUCAGUAAAGCUCUCAUUGAUUAAUAAUGUCAUUAUUAUUUUCUCCCUUUAAGAAUUGCAUUGAAAUCAGGUUAUGGCAAAUAUCUCGGCAUUAAUUCAGAUGGACUGGUUAUUGGACGUUCUGAUGCAAUAGGUUCAAGGGAGCAAUGGGAGCCAGUGUUUGAAGAGGGGAAAAUGGCUCUGUUAGCAGCAAACAGUUGCUUUAUCAGCUGUAAUGAAGAAGGUGAUAUAGUAGCCAAAAGUAAAACUGCAGGAAACGAGGAGAUGAUUAAGAUCAGAACAUGUGCAGAAAGAGAAGCGAAGCAAAAAGAUGAUAUUUCAGAAGAAGACAAAGGAAAUGUUAAGCAGUGUGAAAUAAACUACGUGAAAAAGUUUCAGAGUUUUCAAGAUCGUAAACUCAAAGUAAGCCAAGAAGACAGUAAAGCACUGAAAAAAGCUAGGAAAGAAGGCACUUUUCAUGAGGCCUUGCUGGACAGGAGAUCCAAACUGAAAGCUGAUCGAUACUGCAAGUAGUUGAAACCACACAUGUCUCUUUUCUUUCUGUUGGUGGCUCUUUUGUAUGUAAAUUAUUUGUAAAAACUUUUCUGUUGGAAUAAAUAUCAAUCACUCAA